AGCGCGCGGGGUGGGGGCGCGGGGCGCGGCGCUCGGAGUCCACUCGGGCCGGAGGCGGCUCGGAGCCGGGGGCCCAGCCCGGGAAGCGCGAGGAGCCGGGCAGCUCAGCGGAGCCCGCCGCCCGGGACAUGGCCAAGGCGGGCCGUGCAGCAGUCCUCAACAUGCUCUCCUGCCCAAUGGACCAACAGCAUCUCUUUAAGGUGGCCCCACCCCGGGCGGCGGUGCCCCCUGGCACCUUCGAAAUGUCCUCAGCGACUCAGUGGAGAGCUCGGAUGAUGAAUUCUUUGAUGCAAGAGAGGAGGUGGCUGAAGGGAAGAAUGCCAUCCUCAUCGGGAUGAGCCAGUGGAAUUCGAAUGACCUGGUGGAGCAGAUGGAGACCAUGGGCAAACUGGAGGAGCAUCAAGGAGAAGGGAGCGCGCCCUGCACGUCCAGCGUCCUGCAGGAGAAGCAGAGAGAGCUGUACCGGGUCUCCUUGAGAAGACAGAAGUUCCCGGCCCAAGGAAGCAUUGAGAUCCACGAAGACAGUGAGGAAGUCUUCUCCCAGCGCUCCUGCAAGACGCAAGUGCUCCUGCUGGUGCUGCACGGGGGGAACGUCCUGGACACGGGCUCGGGGGACCCCUCCUGCAAGGCAGCCGACAUCCACACGUUCAGCUCCGUGCUGGAGAAGGUCACACGCGCCCACUUCCCUGCGGCCCUGGGCCACAUCCUCAUCAAGUUUGUCCCCUGUCCUGCCAUCUGCUCCGAGGCCUUCUCGCUGGUCUCCAACCUCAAUCCCUACAGCCACGAUGAGGGCUGUCUCAGCAACAGCCAGGACCACGUCCCUCUGGCCGUGCUGCCCCUGUUGGCCAUCUCCUCCCCACAGUACCAGGAUGCGGUUGCCACCGUCAUCGAGCAAGCCAACCAGGUCUACGCAGAGUUCCUCAAGUCCCCGGACGGCAUCGGCUUCAGUGGGCAGGUGUGUCUCAUCGGGGACUGUGUGGGGGGCCUCCUGGCCUUUGAUGCCAUCUGCUACAGUGCGGGGCCCUCGGGCGACAGCCCUGGCAGCAGCAGCCGGAAGGGGAGCGUCAGCAGCACGCAGGACGCCCCGGGGGUGGAGGAGGAGUGCAGUCUGGCCAGCAGCAAGCGGCUCAGCAAAAGCAGCAUUGACAUCUCCAGCGUGUUAGAGGAUGAGGAGCCCAAGAGGCCGUUGCCACGGAAACAGAGCGAUUCCUCCACCUAUGACUGCGAGGCCAUCACCCAGCAUCAUGCCUUCCUAUCAAGCAUCCACUCGAGCAUGCUGAAGGAUGAGGCCGAGCCCCCUGCGGUCAGCCUGGGCCGCUUGGACUUUGACGUGUCUGACUUCUUCCUCUUCGGCUCGCCCCUGGGCCUGGUCCUGGCCAUGCGGAGGACGGUGCUGCCCGCGCUGGACGGACUCCAGGUGCGUCCGGCCUGCAGCCAGGUCUACAGCUUCUUCCACUGCGCAGACCCUUCCGCCUCACGGCUUGAGCCGCUGCUGGAGCCCAAGUUCCACCUGGUGCCGCCCGUCAGCGUGCCCCGCUACCAAAGGUUCCCGCUGGGCGAUGGACAGUCCCUCCUCCUCGCGGAUGCCCUGCACACCCACAGCGCCCUCUUCCUGGAGGGAAGCUCCCAGGGAAGCCCGCCGAUGGUGGAUGCCCCCGCCUCGCCCCCUCAGGCCCCGCGGCCCCAGCGCCCGGGGCGGAGGAUGAGCCAGGGCAGCUCGCACAGCGAGAGCUCCGAGUCCUCAGACAGCCUGGCACCCGUCGGCGCCUCCUGCAUCACAGCCAAGUGGUGGGGUGCCAAGCGCAUCGACUACGCCCUGUACUGCCCUGAGGUCCUCACCGCCUUCCCCACUGUGGCGCUGCCCCACCUCUUCCACGCCAGCUACUGGGAGUCCACGGACGUGGUGGCCUUCAUCCUGAGACAGGUGAUGCGCUAUGAGAGUGUGACCAUCAAGGAGAGCGACGGCUUGGAUCCUGCCACCCUGAGCCCCACUAACCCACGAGAGAAGUGGCUUCGUAAGAGGACCCAGGUCAAGCUGCGGAACGUCACUGCCAACCACCGGGCCAACGACGUGAUUGCCGCCGAAGACGGCCCCCAGGUCCUGGUGGGACGGUUCAUGUACGGGCCCCUGGACAUGGUGGCUCUGACGGGAGAGAAGGUGGACAUCCUGGUGAUGGCGGAGCCGUCCUCGGGCCGCUGGGUGCACCUGGACACGGAGAUCACCAACAGCAGCGGCCGGAUCACCUACAGCGUGCCGAGGCCCCGGCGCCUGGGGGUGGGCGUGUACCCCGUGAAGAUGGUGGUCAGGGGCGACCAGACCUGUGCGAUGAGCUACCUCACGGUGCUGCCCCGUGGCAUGGAGUGCGUGGUAUUCAGCAUCGACGGGUCCUUUGCCGCCAGCGUGUCCAUCAUGGGAAGUGACCCCAAGGUCCGGCCGGGGGCAGUGGACGUUGUCCGGCACUGGCAGGACCUGGGCUACAUGAUCCUCUACAUCACGGGACGGCCGGACAUGCAGAAGCAGCGGGUGGUCUCCUGGCUGUCCCAGCACAACUUCCCACAGGGCAUGAUCUUCUUCUCGGACGGGCUGGUGCACGACCCGCUGCGGCAGAAGGCCAUCUUCCUCCGCAACCUCGUGCAGGAGUGCUUCAUCAAGAUCAGCGCUGCCUAUGGCUCCACGAAGGACAUCUCCGUCUAUAGCGUGCUGGGCCUGCCGCCCUCCCAGAUCUUCAUUGUGGGCCGGCCCACCAAGAAGUACCAAACCCAGUGCCAGUUCCUGAGCGAGGGCUACGCCGCCCACCUGGCCGCCCUGGAGACCAGCCACCGCGCGCGCCCCAAGAAGAACAACUCGCGGAUGGUCCUGCGCAAGGGCAGCUUCGGCCUCCACGCGCAGCCCGACUUCCUCCGCAAGCGCAACCACCUGCGCAGGACCAUGUCGGUGCAGCAGCCCGACCCGCCCGCCAACCCCAAGCCCGAGCGCGCCCAGAGCCAGCCCGAGUCCGACAAGGACCACGAGCGUCCCCUGUCCGCGCUCAGCUGGGCGCGCGGGACCCCGAAGUUCGAGUCGGUGCCCUGAGGGUGGGCUGUGCGUGGAGCAGGGGGCCCCUACCUGGCUGCCUGCGGGGACGGGAGUGGCUGCCUUCUCCCGGACACAGGCCCUUUCUUGCUUUUUCCCUCCCGUGUCUGUCCAGUAGUGUCUGACCACAGGGGGGAGGGGCCCUACCCGGCCUUGGGGGGGCUCCCUCGGCUGCCAGGGGGUGAGAUCCCCGGUCUCAGUGCAGCCACUGCUGCCUCCCGGGUGCCUGCGGCUUCAAGCCCUAAUCGGGGUUGAUGUCUGUGAGGUGGGUGCAGGCCUGCCCGGGGCUGGAGUGUUGGACAAAGGCAACCAUCUUUCUGGGUCCUCCGGGCUUCCAAGGUCAUGCGAGGCAGGCCCCGAAGGGAGAAGCCCCCAGACCGGGGAUCCAGGGCCGCUGGCAGGUGGAGAGGCGAGUGGCAUUGGUGCCUGAUAUCCUGAGUCACCACCUUGGGUGUGGCUCUCCUAUGGCAAAGCGGCCACUUUCUGGGAGAGAAGAGGGUGCCCCCUGGGCCAAGCUAUGUUCAGGUGUCUGUCCCCAGCCCUGGGGGGAGGGGUCUGGUGCUGACGGGCUGUCCUGCAGCUGUUCAAGUCCCGCCUUCUGUCCUCAGUACCUUCACCACUCUCCUAUGGCCUGGAGGGCAGUUGUUCCUCUUUCUGGAGUCCUGCCUGGUGCCGUCCCCUGUGAGGCUGCGGCCUUGGGCUCUGGCCUAGCUGGGCUGGCUGUGAGCCCUUGAGCCAGCUGCUUGCCCUCUCUGGGCCCUGCCUUCCUAUGUAAUUGCGGGAUCUCCCCAGCUGAGAUCAGAUGGGGGCGCGUUUUGACUCCUAGGCUAUCCCGCACUUCUGCCCCAUGAGGCUUUCCAGGCCCUGAGCUCCUCAGGAGGGCCCAGGGAUCCAUCCUGUCCCCACAGUCGGAGAGUGGGACUUAGAGUGGGCGGGAGGGAGCAGCUAUUGCCCCACCGCUUCGGAGGCGCCCCUGGGGCUGGGGGAGGGGUCCCUGCUCCGUGAAGAGGUGGUUUUGUACUGAUGCCCACACCCACUGUCCCAGGAGCAGAGACACCGCCCCAGAGGGCAUGGAUUUGGCUCCUCCUCUCCAGCGCGGCCCAGUCUGAUUCCUCCCUUUUGGCUCCUGGAAGGUGUAGAGCUGAGAUCCCAGAGUUCUGGGGUAGUUUUGGCUCAAACUGUUGUAUUCCCCUUCUUCCCCUUUGCCACUCAGCUUGGUUUGGUGCCCAUAACUUCCUCCUGGAUCAUCCCCUGAGGUUGGUGGGGCUUAUAGCUCUCCUGGGGCCCCUCGAAGCUUGUCCAGGCCCUCGUGCUGCUGGGCCCCUGGCCUGGGCACUGGUCUCCUGCAGCGUGGGCCGGGCUCUGAGCCCCUUGUGCUGUCACUGAGGCGGCCCAGUGCUCUGUGUCACGGGCCAGGCCGCCCCAGCGCCCGGACAGCUGCAUACACAGCAGGCACCUGUGUCAGCUCAGUGUCGCUUCUGCUCAAUGUCUACCUCUUGCAGUUCCCAUGUGGCCAGUGUCUUCCCUGAUGGCCGGCCGCUGCUGGUGGGGGCGGCUGGCACCACUGGCAGGCAAACAGGGCGCCCGACUGGGCUGGAGGGGUCAGGGAUCCCAGCCCCUAACCCUGCUCUCUCGACUAGAAAUGUGUCUUCUCCAGUCUGCCCGCUCCUGCCACCCCAGCCUGCCUGUCUGCCAGCUCUCUGCGCCCCUUCAGCCCAGCACCAGCAUUUCAGCAGCACCGAGCAACUCUGCUGGGAAGGGGCGGUCACCCCAGGCUUGUCUCUAGUCCUGCCUCCGGGCAGUUCACAUUCCUCCUUCACAUGACAUCUUUCCCGGCAUCCUUGAGGCACCAGCUCAUGUGGCUUAGCCACCUCAACCCUAAUCCUUCCCUUCCCUCCCAAAUAGCCCUGAACUCAACUUGGGCAGACGUAUUCUGAUUCUCUGAAACCCCAUCUCCUCUUUGCAGAAGGCACUGAUGUAUUACUCUCAAAUGAUAAAAUAAUUAGCGUGAGAUCCUCCUCCCCCCCCCCCCCCCCCCGUCCGAUUCCCUUUGCCUUUCCUGAGAACCCCAGGCUUGGAGCCGGAGGGAGCAGGCAUGCGGACACUGGGGAAUUUGUGUCCAUGCUGAUUUUGGGGGUGGGAGCUGGGAUGUGGGACCUAGGGGGAGGGCCCCCCUUCCUUUCUGGAGCUCUGAUUGGGGCUCCGAAGCCUCGCCUGGGAUGUGAGGGUGUACAGUGAGUGCUGCGGGCGGGCGCUCUCGCAGUGUUAGUGGGUGUGACUGUGUGGUUCUGUCUAGUGACCAGACUCGACAUCGUAGGUUUCAGUUCUGCUUUUCACAGCAACUGUAACCAAUAAGCACUUUCUCUAAUGGUGGUUUGUUGCAUUUUGUUCGUCCAGUUUUGUUGGAGAAAAACAAAGAGCCGAGUCUCGUGUUGUUCUCCGGAGGGGCCGCUGCCCCUCCCCAAGUAGUCCCGUGGCCCCAGUCGGCCGUUUCCUGGCGAAUCCCUCCAGCCCCCGUGAGCCGGCUCCACCGGGGCCGGAGGGCGGACUUCCCUGCCUGACCAAAGCGCCCCGUUUCUCCGUGGCAUGUUUGUUCCUCCCAGUUGGGAGGCUGUCCUGCUGGAGGGCCCCGGCCCGCCUGCCGCCUGCCUGUCCCUUCACCUUGUUGGGGGUUCAGGGUGCAUCCACAGCCAGGGCCUGCCUGUCCCUUCGUCCUGUUGGGGGUUCAGGGUGCAUCCACAGCCAGGGCCUGCCUGUCCCUUCGUCCUGUUGGGGGUUCAGGGUGCAUCCACAGCCAGGGCCUGCCUGUCCCUUCGCCCUGUUGGGGGUUCAGGGUGCAUCCACAGCCAGGGCCUGCUUGCGUGGCAUCAUGUUUUUUUUUCUAAAGAGUUCGACUCCUCCCUUAGGCUUCAGAAAAUAUGAAAAAAAGGGAGACUUUUCAUGCAUUUGGAUGAGCGGCCCUCCUGCCCGAACCCUGGGCCAGAGAAAACAAACACGUUUGCACCCCAGUAUUCAGACAUCACUAGGGGGUGGGCUCUCUGGGUCUCCUUUUACCACUCUGGACCCAGACCCAUGCCCAGAAGUGUCCUGCAGGCAAAGCGUGGCCCCCAUUUCUCAGUGAAAGCUGGGCUUGAGGCAGCGUGCAGCUGUGGCGUGGCUCUGCGUGGACACCCCCACCCAGCCCAGGUGCAGCCGGCCCGGGAGGGGUGCCCGGGCUGCGAAGGAGCCUCAAAACUGACCCCGCCUUAAACAACCAACUUUCCAGCUGAACCCCAGGGGUGUGGGUGCCCAGUGUGCCGGGGACCUAAUCUGCCACCAGAAGUCACCUCCCUCCUUCUGCUGCCUCUGGGUUUGGGGGAACUUUCUUAAAAAAUCAUACUUAGGGUCAAGUCCAAGCAUUGAGGCCUGGUCUGGGUCCUGCUCUCUUUGCUGAGAAACCGAGAGGGUGGUUGGGGUAAAUACCAGUUGGACCUCACUCUCGUGGGGACAAGGAGUGGCAGGUGACACCAAAGAGGGGCAGGACAGGAGGGUGGCUCGCUCAUGGGGACCCCCACCCUCGGACCCCACCGUCCUUUCUAUUUGUUUACUUGGUGGUGGCAGCCUGUCCGGUCUUGUUCGCCGUCUGACUGUUCCUGUGUGUACCUCUCAGUAUUGUCCGUGGCGGGUGGAUCUGUGGGGGAAAAGGUUUCUACCCCUCAUGGCUGCCUUGUACAAAAUCCGUUAGAAAAGAACAUGUUGACUAUCAGAUUUCUAACGAGACAAAAACAGCAUUACGGAGUUAAAAGAUUUUUACAACGGGUCUUGAUUUUGAUGUGAGCUGGUUUUUAACUCUCAAACGUUGUCUCUUAAAUAAAAACCUUAUUUGCCUUUAAAA